UCAUGAGUCUCUCCGCCCCUUAGUCAAAUCUCCAUUCAUCACCUGGAGAGAGAACUACGACAGAUAGAGAGACUAUGGAGGUGAAAGCUAGAGCUCCAGGGAAAAUCAUCCUCGCCGGUGAACACGCCGUCGUCCACGGAUCCACAGCGGUAGCCGCCUGUAUAGAUCUUUGCACUUAUGUUACUCUUAGUUUUCCUGCCGACUCAGAUAUGAAUGACAAGCUGAUACUCCAUCUGAAGGAUUUGAACUUAGAGUUUACAUGGCCAAUUGAAAGAAUUACAGCGGCACUUCCUAAUUCAACCAGUUCCAUUCCCUCAUCACCUUUAUCAUGCUCAAAUGAGACAGUCAAAGCACUUUCAGUUCUCGUUGAAGAUCUUGAUAUACCAGAGGCAAAAAUAGGACUAGCAUCUGGCAUCACUGCAUUUCUUUGGCUUUACAUUUCCAUCCAAGGAUAUAGAUCUGGGAAAGUAGUGAUUACUUCUGAACUUCCUCUGGGUUCUGGCUUGGGUUCAUCUGCUGCAUUAUGUGUUGCACUCUCGGCUGCUCUGCUUGCUUUGUCUAAUUCAGUAAAUGUAGAUGUAAGUCAGAAAGAUUGGCUUACGUUUAGUGAGGAUGAUCUGGAUUUGGUUAAUAAGUGGGCAUUUGAAGGUGAAAAGAUAAUCCAUGGUAGGCCGUCUGGCAUUGACAACACAGUAAGCACAUAUGGCAACAUGAUAAAGUUUAAAUCAGGUGAACUAACGCGUCUCAAAUCCAACAUGUCAUUAAAAAUGCUGAUAACAAACACGAGAGUUGGGAGGAACACCAAGGCUUUGGUUGCAGGUGUUACAGAGAGGGCAAUCAGACAUCCAAAUGCAAUGAAUUCAGUGUUCAAGGCUGUUGAUUUUAUCAGUAAUGAACUUGCUUCUAUUAUAGAGUCACCUGCUAAUGAUGAAAUAGUGGUAACUGGGAUAGAGGAAAAGCUUGAAGAACUUAUGGAAAUGAACCAAGGAUUGCUUCAAUGUAUGGGGGUUAGCCAUGCUUCAAUAGAAACUGUUCUUCGGACAACAUUGAAGUACAAAUUAACUUCCAAACUCACAGGAGCUGGAGGAGGAGGAUGCGUUCUGACAUUGUUGCCGACUUUGUUGUCGGGAUUGAUCGUCGAUAAGGUGACUACAGAGCUUGAAGCUUGCGGUUUUCAAUGUUUAUCGGCUGGAAUUGGUGGUAAGGGUGUUCAGAUUAGCUUUUCCGAUACAUCGUGAGAAUGUUAAGGAAACAAUUUGUAAUAAUAUUCGAUUUUGGUUAUGUAUGCUAAAUAAUAAUGUUGAGAACUCCCUUUGAAUCAUAUUUGACUAUUCUGAGUAUAUUUGUAUG